CCGACUCCGUGACGGCGCUCUGUCUCACUCGCACCCACGGGAGGCCCCACGUGUGCGAGAGAGACGGAGAGGCAGGGCAGCGUUUCGGAAUCAGGCCGCUGGCCGAGUAUAAGUCACGCCGCUCGGCGUAUCGACGCCACUCGAGAAACCGCCGCCCCCGAGGUGCGUGCAAACCUUCUCUUCUCUCCUCUUCCCCUCCGCCCAAUGGCCGGCCGUCUGCUCCUGUGCGGCGCCUUGCUCGCCGUGCUCGCCGUGCCGGCGUCCACCUUGGUAGACGCGGGGCAGCCACUGUCCAAUAGUACAGCGGAGCCCAAGGAGGCAACGCCGCCCCAGAAGGAGGGGCAUCACUGGCACCUGCCGCACCCGCACCUGUCCCCGGCGGCACACGCCAAGCUGAAGAAGAUCAAGGACUGCCUGAAGACGCAGCUCAAGGCGUUUCCGGGCGGCGCGGCCAAGGUGCUGGGCGUGUGUGUGCCCACCGUGACCAUGGGGCCGCCGGCCUUCGGCUCGUGCGUGGCGGGCAAGGGCAUCAUGUCGGCCGCGCGCGCCACCAGCCACUUCGCCGCUUGUGUCGGCUGACGCGCCGCCAGGCCGCCUAGCAGCCGCCCGCCACACACUAAAUGUUUUGGUACAAAUUUUGUACGAGACAUCACAGUUUAUUGUGCACGAGAACUUUUCGUACAAAUUUGUACAAAAUUUUGCACAAUUUUGUACAAAAAUGUCGAAAAACGAGCAGUUUUUCGCACGAAAAUUGUACGAAAAUUUCGUGUGCACAAAAACCCAUGAUGUCUCGUACAAAAUUGUACAUAGCAUUUAGUGUGCAGCUCCCCCCCCCCCCAAAUACCAGC